AUGGCAUUACCAUCACAACCUGCUGUGACUACAGAGGAACGGAGCUCUUCCGAGUGGUCGAGUUCCUCGCUGAAGGGUGGUCGAACAGCUCGCUUCGCAGAAGCAACCAUGAUUCACUCCCCUUCUAGUCCCGGAGAUAGCGGAAAGUCUCCUUUUGCCGACCCUCCCAGCAAUUCGCAGACGCCCCCUGACGUGUCUGACCUCGGCUUCGGCUAUGUAGCUGCGAGUGACCCUGCUAAGCAUGCCUCGCAUCACGAUAUUCCGGCCAAUGACCAGAAGGGUGCUCUCAAGGUUCCAGGCACUCCAGGCCGGACUUUGAAUCCGUUGAGUCCAACGUUUCGAGAGGAAUUCUUCGUGGAGAAGCAAGAAAAGGUUACGGAAAAGGAAAACCAGAGAGACCUGCGUAUCAAGUUGCGUGUUCGGGUAGCCAAGGUGUUCCUUCGUUUCAUCAACCUUGGCUGCAGUAUGAUUGUCCUUACCAUCCUGGGAACGACAUUGACUGUCUUCAACGCAACGAAGUCACUGCCUGAACGAAACACUUCCCCUCCUUGGGAAUUUGGCACAAAUCCUUGGCCACAAUAUCUGCUUCUAGCCGUUUCAUGUCUCUCCUUGAUUGCCUGCCUUGGUGUCUUCUGGGGCUACUGGAGAGGUGGACGCAGACGUGCACAGAAAUAUGCGGCUUAUUACUCGCUCCUGUCGGUGUUCCUCUUCAUCUUCCAACUAGUCAUGUGGAUUGUUGCCGCCGCAAUCUUUGAACAUUCGAAGGCUACUGGAGAUGACAAAGACCUAUGGGGCUGGGCUUGUGUCCAUAACGAGAGAGAACAACUAUUCAAAGACCAAAUCGACUACGCACUCCUCUGUCGUCUGCAGGACUGGGGGUUGGUCUGUGCCGUCAUUGAGAUCGUCCUCGAAGUCUUUGUCCUCGUAAUUUACGGUGUCAUUUUCUACCGCUUCUGGAGCAAGAGAAAGCUGGCCAGGUCGAUGGACCGUCGAGACAGAGCACGAACAGACCUGUACAUCGCUCAGCUCCGCCAGAACAUGGACCCCAACACGCCCGGAUUUCCCACCAUGCCCAAGGCUCCCUUCGUGUCAACCUCGAUUCCUCAAGACCAGUAUUCUGCUGCUGAGAACGGACAGUUGUGCACAACCCAGUUCGCCACUCCCCCGACUGAUUUCAAAAAGCAGUCGGCGUUCCAGCUUCAGCCGCCCCCGAUUAGGGUGCAGCAGGCAUCUCCACAACCGGUGCAGAGUGAAUUCCCACCGCCACCUGCACCGGCACCGGUUCCAAGCGCUCCUAACCAGCACAUGGGUGCAGCACCCGGCGAACGAACCUAUGAGUCUGUGCCCAUUCCCGGUGCUUAUGCCGGCCCUAUGAGUCCUAGCUUUCCGCACGGAACCCACCAGUAA